AUGUUUUUCAAUAACAAUUAUAUACCGCAAAGAUCAUCUAGUGAGCAAUGUCUUGCGACGUCUGCACCACCCAAUGUUGGUCCAUCUCAAAUCUUACCCUUUCUUUAUUUGGGUUCACAGGAAGAUGUUUUAUCAAGUAAAGUGAUGCAGGAUCAUCGUAUAACACAUGUCAUUAAUGUAAGCAUGACAGGACAGCGAGCACCUUUUCUUGAUGAGAAUGAUGAUGAACAUUUUCUUCGAAUACCUGUCAACGAUUGUCUUAAUGCGCAAUUAUUACCGUAUUUUGAUCAAGCUUUUACAUUUAUCGAAAAAGCUCGACUCAGUAAUGGACGUGUAUUUAUUCAUUGUUUAGCCGGUAUAAGUCGUUCACCAGCUUUAGCUGUUGCUUACAUAAUGCGCCAUUUAAGUUUAUCUGUUGACGAUGCUUAUCGAUAUAUUAAAGCACGUCGUUCUCAUAUAUCACCGAAUUUUAAUUUUAUGGGUCAAUUAUCCGAAUAUGAACGUAUUUUACCAUCAUCGACUAAAAAAUCAACAACAAUGCCCACAGUUAAAUGUAUAACAGUAGAAGCACCAUUGAAUGAUCGUCGUCGGUACUUACACCUUGAAAGUAGUAGUAACAGUAGUUCGAUGAAACGUGAACAUAAUAAUGAUCAACCAAAAUUUCUAUCACGUCCAAAAGGCUUUAAUUUUGAUUUGGUCAAUACACGUCAAGUACAAUCGUUGUUGUCUCCGUCGUCUGGCAUUGCUAAAUUGUCCGUUGAAUCCCCUCAACCACAGCAUACAUCAUUACCAACUAAAUUAUUACGUCCAACAAGUAUAACAUUAAAACGUUCAUCACCAACUGAUGAAUCAAAUCAUUCGUCAGAAUUAAUCAAUAGUAGUUGCAAUAAUGAAUUAAAUAUAACUAACAAACGAGUUAAAACAUCGCCACGAAGCACAGAUGCAUCGCCUUUAUUUGAAAAUAAUGAUUUGAUAAAUACAUUUUUUGAAGGAACCUCAUCAUUGUCCAAAUCACCUAGACGUUCGAAUUCAACACAAUCACUUGACUUGGCUAUUGAAACAACACCAUCAUCUAACACAAAUAAAAGUCGAACGAAUUCGUUAAGUUCAAGUCGAGAAUUACUCGUUUCAUAG